GUCCGUUGACGCAGUUGUCCGUCGCUGCUAUAAUUGCGGAGCAAUUUUCAACCCGAAUCAUCUUUCCGAGUGCCGUGCAAAGGAAAUGGCAUGUUACUAUUGCGGAAAAAUUGGACAUUUUUCCAAGUACUGCAAGCAGCAGAAGAAACGAGUGGAUAACAACAACUACAACAGCAGCAAUAGACGAGUGGAUAACAACAACAUCAGCAACAAACGAGUGGAUAACAACAACUACAAAAGCAAGCAGAUAGAUGUGGAUCGCAAGCAAACAGCCGGAGCAGUUAUUAAUUGGAUAGAAUCAGGUAAAAAAUAAGCGAGUGCGGGCUAAACAGAGUAAGAUGGACGAAAACAUAUAAAAUAAAUGGAAAAAAUGUUACGUUUAAAGUGGACACAGGCGCUGAUGUUAACUGCAUCCCAAGUGAUUUAGUUAAAGAAUUAAAACUUGAAGUUAAAAAAGAAAACAUUCUAAUUUUUGACUAUAAUAAUGUUAAAGUUAAUAAUUUUGGA